UGUGAUGCUUGUAAUAUUCAAAAUGUGAUUUCUGUUCUUGGCCUCUCCAAGUGUCCUUUCAUUCAGGGAAAAUUGUUGUUUGCUCAGCCCAAGGAUGCUGGUUUUUCAUUUAGCCACGAUAUCAAUCGUCAUUUGGCCAGCGACUCCAUUGUCGGAAACACAAUCCCCAUUCGUGACCCCGCUGUUAAGGAGAAGGCUUUAUGUGCCCUGGAUAAGGUAAAUGCCAGUGUGGCAAAGCAGGGCCAGAUUAAGAUGUAUGUCAGUGAAGUGUGUCGGGAGACUGUGUCACAUUGCUGCAACUCAUUUCUGCAGCAGGCCGGAUUAAAUUUGUUAAUAAGCAUGACAGUUAUUAAUAACAUGCUUGCCAAGUCCGUUUCAGACUUGAAGUUAUUUCCCUCGAUAUCAGAGGGAAGUGGCUGUGCUGAGGUUCAGCUUUUGCGACCGUCGAUGGGUUUGUCUGAAAAGCCAGUCUUGACAGGGGAAUUGCCGGAUGCCCAAAUGCUGCUCUCAUUCGUGUCCCUCUUUAUCAGGAACAGAAAUAGACAGGUCCCCCUGGACACCCUGGCCUCUUAAAUGGUCAUCCCAGACAGAAUGGGACUGAGUGUACCUAAAACUCGUUUGGUGAACACACACUUGUGCUCUCCUUCAAAGACUCUGCAGUGGGUGCUAUAGGAGAUCCAGCCUUAGCCAAUCACCACAUCAUGAGGUGAAAGUUACACUUGCUAAAAAAGGACCACACUCUUACUGGCCUGGCAGGGGUUCCCACAGAGCUUUGAGUAACUUCUUGGUUUUGCAGUCUGCAGGCAAUGCACAUUGUAAAUUACUCCCUUACUUCUUCCUGUGGUCAAGGGCUCAUUUCAACUGCCAGCUGUGGACAAAGAACUUCAUAUUAUAGCAUCGUGAAGGAUGCCUUGCCUGUGGUGGUCUCCCUGUCUAAGCUGGACCAUUUUGUGGAGACAAACAUGUAUGGGCGCUUGUGCUGAAAAUUCAUUUGUUGCUGCAUAGGUUGAAUUCUUUUUCACUUACUCUUUCCUCUACAUGAGCUGAUGAAUGGUGACCCUGUUCAUCAAAAAAGUACACUACCCUUCUAUGUGCUGUACUGACUUAACCUCAUUCACCCGCCUACAUUUGUAUGUAUUAUCAAUAAACUUUUGUGCUUUGAUUGGCAAAAACGA